AUGCUUCAUUUGGUUGACGAUUCUGGUCACCUGAAACCAAAGGGAGAGGUUACUGACUUCUUAACUUCUGCUCUUUGCGAGAAUAAUGCGAACAAUGAUAAAGAAAAGCUCUCUUUGAUUUCUAUUGGGUCCAACUAUCAUAUUGUAGGAGUUCUUGGAGCACAAAGCAGUGGCAAAUCUACACUUUUAAACCAUUUAUUCACGACAAAUUUUCAAAUGUUAGACGAGUCGGUGCGUCGAGGACAAACGACCAAAGGUGUCUUUCUUUCACGCAGCAAUAUUGGACCUGGGGUGAACGACAGCCAAGUUAAGACAAGCUCACCCUUGCUGGUUGUAGAUUUUGAGGGAACAGAUGGCCUUGAGCGUGGUGAGGAUCAGAGUUUCGAGCGUCAGUUAUCUCUUUUUGCCCUUUGUAUGGCCGACACAUUGAUUCUUAACAUGUGGGCCGUUGAUGUUGGUCGCUUUAACGCUGCUAACAUGAGUCUUCUUCGCACCAUAUUCGAGAUAAAUUUGCAGCUUUUUUCACACGAAGGCUACGUGAAGGAGGAAAAGCCUACGUUGCUAGUAGUCCUGCGCGAUUUUAUUGAAAACGACCUCCAACCAAGCUUGGUGACACUCCGAGUGUCAUUUGAUAAGAUCUGGGAGAACAUCGUCAAGCCCCCUCGAUUUUCUGAUUCCAGCAUCACCGAUCUUUUUUCCUUCAAAUAUUUUGCGAUGCCACAUCUCAAGCUUCAACAAGGGGAGUUCUUCUCCAGCGUUUCAGAACUUCAGCGCUGGUUCACCGACUCGCGAAGCAAAGAUUUUUUAUUCAAUCACCAGUCUAUGUUCCGUGGUGUUCUAUUGGAAGACUUACCGUCGUAUCUGGCCAACUGUUGGGAAACCAUCCUCACUAGCAAGGAUCUUGAUAUUCCAACUCAAAGAGAAAUGUUGGCCCAUCAUCGUUGCAAGGAUGCUAAAGCAAAUGUAUUCUUGUCCUUCCAAGAGUUUUGUCAGGGAUUUGAGGAGCGCAUCGGUCGUCAUGAUGCGUCGUUGAUGCUUUCAGGGUGUUUUGAAAAAGAAAUGGCAAAUCACAUAGAGGAAUACAAAAAUCUGACGAAGUUGUACAGAGGUGAAAUCGUCGCUUCUUACAAAAAGGAGCUGGAGACAGAUAUGGUGAAUGUGUCAAUAAAGAUGUUGGACCGCGUGUGCACACCCAUAUCUACUGACGUCCUCAACCGCAUAGAGAAACAUAUUCAGAAGGUCGUUGAUGACGCGAUGAACCAACUUCUUGUGUCCUCGCAGGCACUUCCCCUUAUUUCCGGGGGCGGCAAAAAGGCCGAGCCCGAGUUGGGGGCUGCCGAAGGUAGCGCAACAACAUCGAUUUCAUCUACCGCCAGCACUGUCUUUCGUAUUGACGGGGCAGGCUGCCAAGACCUUGUGUUUAAGUUCUGGAAGGGAGUGGCAAGUGACGUCAAUCGUGUUCUGGCUUCGCUGGACAACAGUUCCACCUCAACCCAUUUGUUUGGCAGCCAUGCGGUGCUGGUCGAACGAGACCCUGCAACCAGAGCAUACGUUGUGAGCUUGGUGACUAGGGCCGUCUUUAAUAAACUGAAGUUUCGUAUUUCGUCUAUGUCUGAAAACAUUUCCGAGACGAUGCAUCGCGGGUUUGAAUAUUGCAUGUCUCACAACGCUUCCGGCACCGUAAAGUUUUUUUCAACCGCAAAAGGUCUUUUGCAGGCUGUACCUGCAGCCCAGCAGGCAGGCCUUAUUGAACUUGGUUGCUUUUUAUACUUCCGCCUGCAUCUCUCAGCGGUACGGGAGAAGGAAGAGUCGAAGACAACCAUUUCCCAUCCUUCACUGGGUCCUUUGUCGUGUUAUAUAAAUACCAGGCGGUGUACCGUCUCCGUACGGCAAAAUCAUGAUGAGCAGGAAUUUUUCUUAAAGUAUACCACAUUGCAGAGCUGUCCAAUUUACCCUCAUCACGUGUGCGUUGUUCAGCCACCAAGGGGAGAGGAUGAUUUUGACACCGAUAGUGACGCUGUGGUUGCUAGCUGUGUGUUACUGAACCAAUCCGCACUGGAAAGGGCCUUUGAGCUAUACAAACAAAAGUGUGAGUUCACCGUUCAGCUUGAGAUGCGUUCCAUUGAAGCAGGUAUGCAGCGUCUUCCGGCGUGGGUAAUUCCAACCAUCUGUAUUUUAGGAUUCAACGAGUUUUGGUACAUACUUACAAGCCCUAUUCUGCUUACCAUAUUAAUUAUUGUGACUUUUAUACUUUUCAAGUUUUUUUUAGUGCGCCAAUGGCAGUAUUUCGAAGAAACAGGGCCAGCUAUAGUUGUAAUCCCCUUGAAGAUGCUCAUUAGUAAUCUGAACGCAAUGUACCGCCAUAUUAUGCCAAAUCCGGGUGUUUCGUCCAAACCAACUGUUUCCACUGUCUUUAAUGGGAAUGACACAUCAAAUGAAGCUAAAGGUAGCGGAGCUGAAGUAUUUACAACACAGAGGCCUCAGCCUCGGGUUUCUAAUUCUGUGCAUGCUGAUUCAACAUUAGCUUGCGCUGAAUAUAUAAAUCCCAAUACAACAAAUACACUUCGAAAGCGUGGUGAAUAG